AUGCGUGAAGCGAGACUUAGAUGGUUUGGGCAUGUGAGGAGAAGCCCAUAUGCUCCGGUGAGAAGGUGUGGACGGCUGGCGCUGGCAGGUAGGAGAAGAGGUAGAGGGCUGCCUAAGAAGUAUCGGGGAGAGGUGAUCAGGCAGGACAUGACGCGACUUCAGCUUAUGGAGGACAUGACCCUUAACAGGAAGUACACUGUCGUGUUACUGCUUGUGGCUAUUACUUUUGCUAUUGCUAUUGCCACUGCUUCCCGAGGGAGUACUAUUUACCUUGUGAACCUCGAGAAGGGUGAUUGCACAUGUGCGAAGCAGAGCAAUCUGCUCGCUACCGAUAGCAGAGCUGAUCGCGGCCGGAAUAACAGGUCAUUGCAGGACAAGGAGACAUCGGGUUCUCGAGAAUUCUUCCUACCCCAGGCUUUAACUUCAACGUCAGCGUAA